CCGUCUCCACCAAAAAUGGCAACUGAAAUGGCACUCGUAAAGCCUAUCUCCAAGUUCAGUUCAAGCACUCCAAUCUUCACCAACUCACGUUAUGUGAAGUUCACCACCGUCAGGAUGUCAUCCACUUCGCAGCCAACAACAAAGACCGCCGUCAAGGGCGGCAAGAAAGCCGCCAAAACAGCAAUCAAAGAGACCCUUUUGACGCCGAGGUUCUACACCACUGAUUUCGACGAGAUGGAGACCCUUUUCAACACUGAAAUCAACAAGAACCUCAAUCAGUCCGAGUUCGAGGCUCUGCUUCAAGAGUUCAAGACGGAUUACAACCAGACACACUUCGUGAGGAACAAGGAGUUCAAGGAGGCUGCUGAUAAGAUCGAUGGUCCUUUGAGACAGAUCUUCGUUGAGUUCUUGGAGAGGUCUUGCACUGCUGAGUUCUCUGGUUUUCUCCUCUACAAAGAACUCGGAAGAAGACUCAAGAAAACAAAUCCAGUUGUGGCUGAGAUUUUCUCUCUUAUGUCAAGGGAUGAAGCCAGGCAUGCCGGGUUUCUGAACAAGGGUUUGUCUGAUUUCAACUUGGCAUUGGACCUAGGGUUCUUGACAAAGGCUAGGAAGUACACUUUUUUCAAGCCAAAGUUCAUUUUCUAUGCUACUUAUUUGUCUGAGAAAAUUGGGUAUUGGAGAUACAUUACUAUCUACAGACAUCUCAAAGAAAAUCCUGAGUACCAAUGUUACCCUAUUUUCAAGUACUUUGAGAACUGGUGCCAGGACGAAAACCGACACGGCGAUUUCUUCUCCGCGUUGCUCACGGCGCAGCCUCAGUUCCUUAAUGAUUGGAAGGCGAAGCUCUGGUCCAGAUUCUUCUGCCUCUCGGUAUAUGUUACCAUGUACCUCAACGACUGUCAACGUACUGCGUUCUAUGAGGGCAUUGGACUUGACACGAAAGAAUUCGACAUGCAUGUCAUCAUUGAGACGAACCGAACGACGGCCAGGAUUUUCCCUGCUGUGCUGGAUGUUGAGAAUCCGGAGUUCAAGAGGAGGUUGGACAAAAUGGUUGAGAUCAACGAACAACUGAUUGCUGCUGGGGAGAGCGACGAUAUCCCCUUGGUGAAAAACUUGAAGAGGAUUCCACUAAUUGCAGCAUUGGCCUCGGAGCUCUUGGCUACGUAUCUAAUGCCGCCUAUUGAAUCGGGAUCCGUUGAUUUCGCUGAAUUUGAACCACAGCUUGUGUACUAGAUUUUUAUUCUUGUAAGAGUUCCAUUUUCUGGUACAUUUUCAGCUUUAGCCAUGCUACAAGAUUUUGCAUAUGAAACUGAAACAGUUUAAUGC